AUGUCAUCUCUGAUUAAACUACAUUAUGACGAGAAUAAUGACGAAGAAGAAAAUUUGAUAAUAAGAUUUGCAGACUAUGAAACGUUUAAGUCUUACGUAUUAAAGAAAUAUGAUAAAAUCUACGAAGUAACAGAUUAUGAAAAAGAAAAUAUAAACUAUUACAGUAUAAAAUGGAUAAACUUUAUAAACAGAAAAGUACCGAUUUUGCUUCAGAACAAGAAUGGACCAUGCCCUCUUUUAUGUAUAACCAAUAUUUUACUAUUACGUAAUCAGUUACAGCUAGAUAGGAAAAUUAAAAAGAUUUCACACAGUUUUCUUGAGGGGAAAAUUAUGGAUAUAUUAUUAGAAUCAAAUAAAAAGAAUGUAACAAAUCAUGAUUCAUCAUGUAAUUAUCGAAAAAAUAUUAUUGAGUGUGUUGAUAUAUUACCACAGUUAAAAUAUGGUUUAGAUAUAAAUUGUAAAUUUACUAAUAUUCAUUCAUUUGAAUACACUAAAGGAUUCUGCAUAUUUGAUAUGCUUAAUAUUCCUUUAUAUCAUGGAUGGGUUAUAUCCUCUGAUGAUAUAAUUUUCUAUUCCUAUUUAAAAGAUUAUUCUUAUAAUGUAAUAAUAAAUAAAAUAAUUAGAUACAAUGAAUAUUAUGAAAAAAAUAAAACAAGAUAUGCAGACGAAUCUUCAAAUAGUGAACAAAAGACAUUUUAUCAAAUAGAAGAUGUGAAGGUUUUAUGUGAAGAAAAAAAUAGAAAUGAUACCGAAAAAAUGGAUGUGGAUCAACAUAAUAUUCCUGUUUUUCCAGAUGAUCUAGAUAAAAAUGGUCGGUCAAAUAGGAAUAAAAAAUUAUAUAAAGAAGAUAAUGAUAUUGUUAAUGGCACUUGGUCUGAUAAUGAAUACAAUGAUGAUACAACAAAGAAGAAAAAUAAUAUUCCUCUCAGUAAUAAAAAUUCAGAUGAUGAAGGAAAUAAUAACAGAAAGAGAAGAACACAUAUUGCUAACUCCAAUAGUGGCAAAAAUUCUAAUCAUUUAAAUUUGGAUAAAAACACGAAUAAGUCUGAUGUAGAAAUAAAAGAUGAUAACUUACCAAAUUUUUCUAAUAAAGAAAAUAAAUAUACGAAUAACUCAUUAUUUCAUAGUAAUAAAAACAAUACUUGUAAAAAUAACAAAAAAGAUUAUAGUGAUAAUAAUUUGUUAAAUACUCCAAAAUUUCCUGAAGAUGAUUUUAUAUCCGGUUCUAGCUGUAAUAAUUCUCGAACAACUAACCAAUCAUGUGAUAAAAAUGUACAAGUUGAUGGUGAUACUAUGAAGGAAAAAAAUAUAAACGAAAAAGAAUUAAGGAUUAAUAAUGAAUUGUUUACUGAAUUAAAUAAAAAACCUAGCCAAGCUAGUGAUAUUAAUGGUGACAAUAACACGGAUAAUAAUACAGAAAAUUAUAUUAUGAAUAAUUAUAAUACAGAAAUUAAUUUAACUCCAUAUGAAAUUCAUGAAGCUUUAAUAAUAUCCGAAUUCCUUGAAACAUAUAAAACACAAUUAACCUUAGUAGGGUUGAAAUUAUUGAAAGAAAAUUUGAACCCAAAUCAACUUGUUGCAUUUUUUAGGAACAAUCACUUUAAUACUUUAUUUAAAUAUGAUAAUAAAUUGUUCCUAUUGGCAGCCGACAUUUCCUUUUUACACCUAAGUUGCACAUGGGAAUUGUUUGAUAAUGUAGAUAAUGAUACGUCUUACUAUGAUAACAACUUUCGCUGUUUAUCUAGUCAGAAAAAUCUUGAAAAAAACUUAAAUCAUUCUAUGGUUUACUUAAAAAAUUAUGAAAAAGGUAUUGCAAAGAAUAAUAUGCACUGCGUAAGGUCAAAUACAACCCUUUCUAAUACCAAAAAAAAAAAAAAAAAAUGCACAUUUAUGUAG